CCUCCAAAAAGCCAUGGAGAAGACCAGUGAGGGAGCUAACGCCUGGGCACUCUCAACCGCUUCGUGUCUCCAGAGAUAUCUGCCCCUCCCCUGGGCUCCUGGGUACAAGUUACAUCAUGCAUGGAAGCCACUGUGACACGGUACCUGUGAGUGGAUCUUCUCCCUUCCCCGAAAGGAAGUGAGGAAGAUUGAGAGAUUUUUUUUUCCCCCUUUUGCUUCAUGCCUACAAGAAACUGCUUUUGGAGGAUGCCCAUCCUCGGGUGAGUUACAGAACAAGAUGAAACUUUGAAAAACUGUCUGGGAGCUCACCGAAGGAUUGGCAGGGGAGGGGAAGGCGAGGCGUUCCCCAGACGCAGGCAGGAUGUGAGCGAGAAGAGAAGAUGGCCCGGCAGGUCUUCAGUGAGAAGUUAUUUUAUGACACCUUCCUGGAUAGUUCAUAUUUUUCCUUUUUGAAAGCUCAGCCAAUAAAAGAUGCUACUGGCUUUGGAGGGUUUUUUUUUUCCUACUUUGCCUUUGACAGUCCUUGAAUGGCCUUUUGGAUUUUUCACCUCCCCAUGAAUAAACUGCAUUCCAGCUUCUGGAGGACAAGCUGCUUCCAACAGAUAACAAAACGAGAAGGAAAAAGAGAGAGAAACCCCAAGGAAAAAGUUGGCCACCAUGCAGGUGUCUUUUGUGUGUUCAGAACACAGCCUGAAGGGUCGAAGUGCCGAAGACCGGCUCAGCAGGCAGAAUGCCGGCAGCCCCAGCCUGGGCACCAGAAGCAAGUUCCGGGCAGUGGCCAUGGUAGCCCGGAGCCUGGGACAGCUGUCCGUGCACAACGUUCCUCCGUCCAGCGACGCCAACAUGAAGCAGCCUGGGAUGAAAUAUAGGAAUCUGGGGAAGUCCGGAUUGCGCGUCUCCUGCCUGGGUCUCGGAACGUGGGUGACCUUUGGAGGCCAGGUCACCGAUGAGAUGGCAGAGCAGCUGAUGACCCUGGCUUAUGACAAUGGAAUCAACCUGUUUGAUACAGCCGAAGUCUAUGCUGCUGGAAAAGCUGAAGUCGUCCUGGGAAAUAUCAUUAAGAGGAAGGGAUGGAGACGAUCUAGCCUGGUCAUUACAACCAAAAUCUUCUGGGGAGGAAAAGCAGAGACUGAGAGAGGUCUGUCCAGAAAGCACAUCAUAGAAGGUCUGAAAGCCUCUUUGGAACGGCUCCAGCUAGAGUACGUGGACGUGGUGUUUGCCAACAGACCUGACCCUAACACUCCCAUGGAAGAGACUGUCCGAGCCAUGACGCACGUCAUCACUCAAGGAAUGGCCAUGUACUGGGGCACAUCCCGCUGGAGCUCCAUGGAGAUAAUGGAAGCGUAUUCGGUGGCUCGGCAGUUCAACCUAAUCCCACCAAUUUGUGAACAAGCGGAAUAUCACAUGUUCCAGAGGGAGAAGGUAGAGGUGCAGCUCCCGGAGUUGUUCCACAAGAUAGGUGUGGGUGCAAUGACCUGGUCUCCUCUCGCGUGUGGAAUUGUUUCUGGAAAAUAUGACAGCGGGAUCCCUCCCUACUCAAGGGCCUCACUGAAGGGAUACCAGUGGCUAAAGGACAAGAUCCUGAGUGAAGAGGGCAGACGUCAGCAGGCCAAGCUGAAGGAGCUGCAAGCCAUCGCCGAGCGUCUGGGCUGCACGCUCCCGCAGCUGGCCAUCGCCUGGUGUCUGAGGAAUGAGGGCGUCAGCUCCGUGUUGCUAGGUGCCUCCAAUGCAGACCAGCUAAUGGAGAACAUUGGCGCGAUACAGGUCCUUCCCAAAUUGUCGUCUUCCAUUGUCCAUGAGAUUGAUAGUAUUUUGGGCAAUAAACCCUACAGCAAAAAGGACUACCGAUCCUAAUCCUCCCAUCCUCCCUCCCUCCCUUCCCAACCUGGAUCUGCUUGGACAGUUACUGUUUCCCUCCUAGUCUCCUGUUCGCUUGCUUAAGCUGUUACUGAAGCGAGGUGAAGCCCAUGCUUUUGCAUCCAAGAAUACAUGUCGAGAUGUCCUAGGGAAGAUCUUUCAGACGCUGCCAUGAGACAACAUACGCUGCUUUACUCUAAUAAAAUUUAUUUCGUGCUCAAGAAACAGUCCGGGUGAGGAAGGCUCCUCCACAGACAGGCCGUCUCUGCUCAGCUCAUCCUCUUGGAAAGAGACGACCAAGGUUUCCCCUUCCUCCUGUGCCUCAUCAAAAGGAGGCCCCCUGAACUAAGUCCUAGCCUAGAACCGGCCUGUGUUGUCUGAUCAGAGAUGUGGUGAGUUCCACCUGGAGAAGCCCCCAUCAAUGUAUGUCUGUGAGCACUUUGUUGUUUCUCUGUUUAAACACACACACACACACACACACACACACACACAAUGUAUUUAUGGAGUGUAGCCUCUCAUGAUAGCCUGAAUGUCUGUGUUGACCAAAUGGGCCAUAUGAGGGCUUCCAGAAUAUCUCCUCCCUUUACUCCACAGCUAGUACAGAUUGCCACCAGGCCUCUCUCAGUGAUAGCUGUCAAUUCUUUUGUGUAUUUCUCAGCAGAACACUGAGCCAGGCUUGUAGGGUUUGCUCAAACUAUACUUUCCUCCCAUCCACAACCCACCACUGUCCCACACUCUUACUUAUCUGGGAAGGCCCAUCCAACAGACUUCAGGCUUGAUUUGAGAUUCUAGGAGGAUACAUAAAUCUCCUCUCACCUGACCCUGGAGUUCAGUUUUAGAGUAGGUCUCUACUCUCCCCAUCCUCCUUUGACCUAGGCCCAGUUAAAGUCAGCAGAGUGGGUCCAGAGUCAUCUGAGAAAAUGAGAUUGUGCUUAAGGAACCCUCUUACAAAUGACCUUAGGGAAGGAGACCCUUAUUUGUUCUGUAUACAUCAUAUUCUAGGGAGGGAGGGUUUUGAAAAGAAGUCCAGCAGCCACAUCUCCAAAAUAGUAAGAGAUAAUGGCCACUUCUGAAGCAUCCUUCACCAAAAUCGAUAUAAUUCCUUCCUACCACUACCACCUAAUCCUCCUUUGUGAGACUGAAUGACCACUUGGGGUAAUUGGAUAAUGCCCCAAGAUAGAAAGACCAGGGCUUAGGCUCUUAGGCUCAGAAAGGACCAUGGAAGUCCUCGAGCCUAGCCUCUUACAGAUGAGAACACUGAGACCCAAUGAGGUGGUGACACAAGUGAGCAGAUUAACCUCGUCCUCUGCCUCCCAGAGAGUUCAGGACUCUUUCCACUGUUUAUCCACAUGGAACAGAUCCUCUUGACUCCUGAUCAGUGGAUGAAUUCCUGGAAAAGACUUGCCAUCCCCUUUUGCACAUAUCCCUCCAGGGUAGCCAUGGCCUAGUCAGCUCUUACCUGCUCCCAAGCCCUGUUCCCCAGUGUGAUUCCACAGACCCUGGGGGCACCUGGCACUUUAUAUCCCCUCCAUGGCCUAGCCUAGAGCUGGGUGGCUGGAAAUCCAGGCAGGCAGCAACCCAGCUCACUCUCACAAGUAUAAAUAAGCCUUGGGGUUCAGGGAUAUGACUCCAUGCUACCUUUGUAACUUUAGCCAGAGAUUGAGUUCUACCCAAAACAACCCCACACUAAAAACAAUACACACACACACACACACACACACAUAUGCACACACACAAUGCAGUGAAAAUCCAAAUGUCACAGGAAAUAAGAAAGGCCUGGGCCACCCAGGGAACACUCCCAGGGGCUGAUUUUGUCCAUCCCCCAGUCCUCAGACAGGAGUUGGUAGCCACAGUAUGUCAUGAGAUUCUGAUGAAAGAAUGUAGGAUGAUGGGAAAUCACACUCCUCCUUCAGCCAUAUCUUUCUUCCCUUCCCCUGCCCCCAGUGCCAGUGGCCAUUUGGGUAUUCUCCAUGUCUGGAAUGCAUCUGUUCCCAGUUUAUGUUUCUGAGAAGCUGGUAUUCCCAGAAAUUCUCCUCUCUGACCUACUGAAAGGUCAAAAGGAGCUAGACAGAGUAGUAAUAUUGCCUGUGGUAACUGGCAUGAGUUCAUUAAAACCCAGACAUUCCACUAGCAAAUGGUUUGGAUUUGCCCAGGAACAGGAGGGAGGCUGGCCCUCAAUCCUUCCUUUUACAGACUAUUCCAGCAUCUCCUAAAGAGUUUAUCCCAACUCACCCGUAGGCAGCAGUAACAAGCAGUGAACCCUUCCUUCCUAGAGAUGGGGAAGGGGGAGAAUAGAAAAAAGAAUUUCUGAAUAACCACCAUCAAAGUCACUGGGAGCUCCUCAGCCGCUGUUGGCUACUAUAAAUCAGAGCAGAGCUUAUUAAGUGCUCACUGUUAUGUCAGGCACUGUAUUAAGCACUGGGAUUAUGAGAAAAGGGGGAAAAACCCAAGCUGGAGACCAUCCCUGAAGCUAACUGGCACACUUAGUUGUUGAGGUGUUCACCGACCCACCUCAGUCUGUCGUGUUGUAAGAGAAGUCCCUGCCUGACCCUCACCCUCAGUCACCUGGUGAUUACAGUGAGUCCUUAAGAAGGAGCAGAGAAGUGGUGCUGAGCAGUGCAGUGCCCAUGGUAAGCUAGCCUAGGUACUCUCCAUUCCAUCUCCCAGAGAGAAACUUUCAGAAUCUGAGCUGAGAAUGACCUCUCUGAAACAUUGCUCCUAACUCUGCCCUGAAGGGCCAUGCAGAAUGAGGGCGAUGAUCCAGGGUACACAGUGAGCCCAGAUUAGCUCUGUGCCCUUCAAUUAACCAGUCAAUUAACAAGCAUUUAUUGAGUACCUCAUGCUGGGCACAUAGAGUUAAGUACUAGCAUUACUGAAACAAAGAAGGAAACAUGCCUUGGGGCACAGACAUUUUGGGUCGGCCCAAACACAAAGCUGUGUUCUCUGGACUUGCUGCAGGGACUGUGAGCCUGGCACCAUAUUGGGUGCCUAGGAGCUGCAAAGGAUGGAGUCAGCAUGAGUUAAACUCCGGAGAAGGCCUGGAUUCUGGCAUCACAACCCAUAAUGCCUUUAUGUGGUGGUGCAAGCCUCCCAAAGGACUCUACACACUUCAGGGUCGAUAGGGACUAAUGACCCUGGUCAAGGGUCCCUUAACCCUUCAAGCCCUAUUUCCACCUCUGUAAAAACUGAGCAUGUGCAUGUCCCUUCCAACAAUGACUCAAUGAUUCAGUGACUUGAUGGCUUGUGAGGAGCCAGCACCACCCAGUGUGGCCCCAUGAUGGGGUCUCCAGGCUAAGGGAGGCUAGCCUCCUCCAUGGGCAGGGGAUAGGGGAAGACCCAGUCCUUUCAUUGUUCCAAGGAGGAAGCCAUCUCUACUUCCUUGUACUGACCAGCCUGAAUCCUUAGAAUCUCAGGGUUGGAAGGGACCUCUGCAGCAAUCUAGCCCAACCCAGACCUGAACCGGAAUCCUCUCUGUAAUACACCCAGUGAGCGGUCAUCAAAGACCUCUGGUGAGGGGGAGCCCACCACCUCCCUAGAUUUUCCUUCCGUUGAGUCUCAAUCUGUCUCCUGGUUCUGCAUUCUGGGGCCACGCAGAACAAAGCUAAUCUGUCUUCCAUGAGAUGGCCCCUUUCGAUAGGAUUUCUUGCCAGGAAGGAGAGCUUCCUGCUCACCCAGCCAAAUAAGCAUGUCUUGGCCAAAGCUUGACACCAUCAUAGCAGCUGUGGCAGGAGCUUAAGCCAGGAAGGACUCCUGGAUGGCAACAGACUCAGUGGAAAGAUGAGACAAUAUGGAAGUCCCAAGGAAACCUUUGUUAAUGGGUCAAAAACAUAAGUACUGAUGAAAAGCCCAAUGGGAGUCCCAGUGUGCAUUGGCUAUGUCCACCACUAGGCUCAGAAUCAUGGGAUUUGAGAUUUGGUAGGGAUGUGAAUGGCCAGUUUAUAUCUGAAAAGAGACAGGAUUUAGAGCUGGGAAGGACCUUGGAUACCAAGUAAGCCAUGGGUUUUUAACCUUUUUUAUGUCAUGGACCCCUUAGGAAGUCUGGUAAAGCUUAUAGACUGUUUUCCAAUGCACAAAAUAAAAUACAUAGGAUUACAAAAGAAAUCAAUUAUUCUGAAAUACAGUGAGCAUUUUUUUAAGUUCACGGACCUCAGAUGAAGAUCAAAACUAACCCUCUUGAUUUCACUGCGUUCAACAAAACUCCUUUUACAGAUGAAGAACUGAGGCCCAGAGGGUUGAAGUGAUUUAGGCAAUGCCACACAGCUAGUAAAUGUCAGGGCUGACAGAAGUGGUCAGUCAUAAAGAACACGUCUCCUGCAGUGUUUCUUACUUUGUGGGCACAGCUUAGGGGAGGGGGCAUGGCUCCUUCCAACUCUAAUACUGCAAUUCUGGUCCUAGAGAUGGAUAUAUACGAUACACACAGAGACCCACACUGGCCUUCUCCUCCCCACUGCCCCUUAAAAAUGGCCAAAGGGCCAACGGAUAAAAGCAUGUGAGCUUUGGGGAAAGGCAAGCCUCGGGAAAAGGGGACUGGAAUGUAAUCCUGACCUCCAUUGGCUAAUUCCCUGGCCGUUCCCUCAAUCUAGCUAACAUACAGGACAUAUCCGAACACUCCAUCAGGUGGGAAAAGUGAGAGAGGGGAAGAGCUCUGCCCCUAGAAAGUCUUGAGGGAGGUGGGGUUGGGAGGGGGAAUCCUCUGCCAUCCUCCCCUCAUCUGCAGUCUUGCUGGCUCCGACCUCUGGCUCUUUCUACUUCUUCUAACCCUGGGUGUACAUUAAAUGGAACCCAGAGCUCAAGUGGAGAAAACUAUUCAGUGUCUGAAUCCAAACAGAUUAUCUUUCCAGAAAGCCAUUCAAUCAUGGAUUUUUAACCUUUUUGGUGUGUGUCUUGGACCCUACCUUUGGCAGUCUGGUACAGACUUUGGACCCCUUCUCAGAAUCACCUUUUUAAAUGCAAAAAUAAAAUGUAUAAGAUUACAAGGGAAAUCAAUUAUAUUGAAAUAAGGAUGUAAUUUUGUUUUCCCAUCAAAUUCAUGGAGCCCUUGAAACUGGAGAGGUCUAUGGAAUUCCAGUAAAGAACCUCAGAGUUAGGAUUCAAAGUAAAAGCCCGAGGGGCGGAUAAGUGUAGAGUUGGGCUAAGCCACAGGUGGAAUAGGUGGGCAGGGCUCAGGGGACAGGGCUGGGUUGAGGCUCACCUUCCAGUGUUCUCUAAUCUCGAAGUUAAUGGUAUCCGUGGACUCCUACUCAGCAGCGCUUACAAUGGCGACUCCUUUCAAAGCCUUGGUCUCCCAAGUAACAAGAGGGACUCAUUCCCGUCUUCUGUUCAAUUCAUGUCAUGUAAAUAAUGUGCUUUUAUUUUUCUUUGGUUUUGGUUUUUAUAUCUAAUAUAUGUUAUAUAUGUAUAUAUAUGUAUACAUAUAUAUACACAUAAAUAUAAACUGGUUUCUAAGCUAACUGCAUAACCUAUCUAGGCACAAAUUUCCAUGUAACAUCGCACUUCUAAGUGAAGAUUCGGACUGAGACACAGCCAUUGUAUUUAUGGAAUGACAAAAUAAAAUAUAAGCCUUA